AUGGCAUUCUCGAAGAAACUCAUUUUCGCGAUGAUCUUUACGGUCUUUGCAACCUCAGAAGCUGCUCUUGAUGCUCAUUACUAUGAUCGAUCGUGUCCCGCUGCUGAAAAAAUCAUACUUGAAACUGUUAGGAACGCUACUUUGUAUGAUCCCAAAGUGCCUGCUCGUCUUCUCAGAAUGUUCUUCCACGAUUGCUUCAUCAGGGGAUGUGAUGCAUCGAUUCUACUAGAUUCAACAAAGCCAAACCAAGCUGAGAAGGAUGGUCCUCCAAACAUUUCGGUACGGUCAUUUUACGUGAUCGAAGACGCUAAGACAAAGCUCGAACGGGUUUGCCCUCGAACUGUGUCUUGUGCCGAUGUAAUCGCCAUCGCAGCCAGAGAUGUCGUCACUCUGUCCGGUGGUCCUUACUGGACGGUGCUAAAAGGGCGAAAAGACGGGACGAUAUCGCGAGCGAACGAGACGAUCAACCUCCCGGCACCAACGUUCAACGUGUCUCAACUGAUCCAAAGCUUUGCAUCAAGAGGCUUAUCGGUGAAAGACAUGGUUACACUCUCCGGCGGCCACACGAUAGGAUUCUCACACUGUUCUUCCUUCGAGUCCCGGCUCAAGAACUUCAGCAAAUCCCACGACGUCGAUCCUUCAAUGAACUUUGCGUUCGCGCAAACCUUGAAAAAGAACUGUCCGAGGUCCAACAACCGAGGCAAGAACGCAGGGACGGUCUUGGACUCUACGGCCUCGGUUUUCGAUAACGACUACUACAAGCAGAUUCUGUCCGGGAAAGGAGUGUUCGGGUCUGAUCAGGCGCUUCUUGGCGAUUACCAGACUAAGUGGCUCGUUGAGACGUUUGCUCGUGACCAAAAGGCCUUCUUCAGAGAGUUUGCAGCUUCCAUGGUGAAACUUGGAAACUUUGGAGUUAAAGAGACCGGAGAAGUGAGAGUUAAGUCCAACAUUGUCAAUUAA